UUUGUCAUUCUGACUUGCUUGUACGUUGAGUGUUGAUGGGCGUAGGUCCCAUGAGUUAUUAUUUAUUUUGCAUCGUUUAAUUGUUGUUUUAUUACUUAAAUUUCGCGGUGUAUUAUCACGUAUUCACCGAUAGGAGUUCUACAACUGCCCGCGAUGGCACAAACCUCGCUCCUGUGUCGGAGCUAUUUGCUUUUCGUCGUUUUCCUAAUAGUGGGCGUGUUAGCACAAUAUGAGUGGCAAUCAAAGGACAAUUUCGACGCGAUUAAAUUCAAAUUUGAUAAAGUAAGCGGCGACAAUUGCCCCAUCCAGCAUGUCUCGGACCUCUACUUGCCGGAGGACACGAUUUCCCACAAGCCCAACAUAAAGGAGAUCAACAUAAAUCCAGUCUUCCCGAACAGGACGGCUCUCCUUCAUUUGCAUAACAUGGCCCUGAGCAGAUCGUUUUUCUGGAGCUACAUUCUUCAGAGCAGAUUCAUCAGACCCGCUAUAAACGACACUUACGAUCCGGGAAUGAUGUACUACUUCCUUUCCACCGUGGCGGACGUCUCGGCGAAUCCCUACAUAAACGCUAGUGCGAUCUACUUCGCCCCGAACUGCUCCUACUCGUCCUCGUAUCGUGGAUUCUUCAAUAAAACAUUCCCGCGUUUCGCCCCGAGAACAUUCAGGCAAGAUGACUUCAAUGAUCCAAUCCAUCUGCAGAAGAUCUCCACAAUGAAUACGUUCGAAAUCACCGAUUUGGGGGCUACGCCGGAAGAAGCGUUUUCGAAGGACUACACCUCGGAUUUGUACAAAAUCAAUGAAUGGUAUAAAACGUGGCUGCCUGAUGAAGUGGGCGUCAGGCACGACACGAAGACAACUUACCAAGUUCAGAUCCGGUACGCGAACAACACCAACGAGACAUUCACCUUCCACGGCCCGCCUGGAGCUGACGAAGAGCCCGGACCGGUGAAGUGGACGCGGCCCUAUUUCGAUUGCGGACGCUCUAAUAAGUGGCUGGUAGCGGCGGUGACCCCCAUUGCGGACAUCUACCCCCGACACACUCAAUUCAGGCACAUCGAAUACCCCAAAUACACAGGAAUUGCCGUUUUGGAAAUGGACUUUGAAAGGAUAGACAUAAACCAGUGUCCGAAGGGCGAGGGUAACAACAAACCGAAUCGUUUUGCCGGGACGGCGCGGUGUAAGGAAGAAACGACGGAAUGCGAGCCGCUGCAGGGUUGGGGCUUUAGGAGAGGAGGCUAUCAGUGUCGCUGCAAGCCGGGCUUUCGAAUACCGAGCAACAUACGAAGGCCGUUCCUGGGCGAGAUAAUAGAGAGAGCCUCGGCCGAACAGUACUACAACGGAUUCGACUGCCUAAAGAUCGGAUGGGUCCAAAAACAACCAAUACAAUGGGAGAGGGCUCCGUAUCGCAUCCGGGAAAAGCAUCUCGACCGCAGGCCAGAGUAUCGAAACUACACGACCGGGCCCAGCUCACUUCACACUGAGCGAAUGAAUGUCGACCAGGCAAUCAAAUUCAUUCACGGAGUCAACGAGAAUACUUGCAAAAACUUCCAUCCUCAGGAUCUGAUUUUGCAUGGGGACAUCAGCUUUGGCGCAAAAGAGCAAUUUGAAAAUGAAGCGAAGAUGGCGGUCCGAUUGGCGAACUUUAUCAGCGCGUUUUUGCAGGUCUCAGAUCCCAACGAAGUCUACUCCGGUCGUCGAGUAGCUGACAAGCCUUUAACUGAAGAUCAAAUGAUUGGCGAAACUUUAGCUUUGGUUUUAGGCAACACUCGCGUCUGGGCCGCCGGCACAUAUUGGGAGCGAAAUAAAUUCACAAAUCGGACAUACUUCGCUCCGUUUGCCUACAAACAACAGUUGAAUACCAGAAAGUUCAAAGUUGAAGAUUUGGCGCGAUUGAAUAAGACUGGUGAAAUCUAUACUGAACAAACAUGGUUCCAGUCGUUGAAGCAGCGCUGGUCGACUAAUUUCGACGAUUUGCAGAAAUAUUACUUGAAAAUUAGGAUUCGACACAACGAGACGGGGGAUCAUCUUCAGAAAUAUGAACGCUAUCCGACUUUCUAUCGAGCGGGGAAUUUGAAACAUGGAUUCUGGUCACAACCUCGGUUUGAUUGCAAUGGUUAUGUGAAGAAAUGGCUGAUUACAUAUGCAGCACCGUUCUUUGGUUGGGAUAGCUUGAAAGUGAAGCUGGAAUUUAAAGGCGUUGUGGCAGUAUCGAUGGACAUGCUACAAUUGGAUGUGAACCAAUGCGCGGAUAAGUUUUAUGCCCCGAAUGCAUUCAAGGAUACCCACAAAUGCGACGAGAAAACCUCAUAUUGCGUUCCCAUCCUCGGUCGUGGCUUUGAAACUGGUGGUUACAAAUGUGAAUGUCUGCAAGGCUUCGAGUAUCCUUUCGAAGAUUUAAUUACUUACUACGAUGGUCAACUUGUAGAAGCCGAAUUCCAGAAUAUCGUGGAAGAUAAGGAGACUAGAUACGACAUGUUCAAAUGUCGGUUGGCCGGAGCGUCAGCAAUAAGGGCAGCAUCAACGUUAAUUGCGGGGCUUUUAAUCCUCAUGGCAUCACUGGUAUAUAGAUUUAGAUAAAGCACACUGAAUAACCCCUAAAAGACUAGAAUUCCAAGUUGACAUGAAUCUCUUCCUCCGAAUAUUUACAUCAUAAAAACGACAAAGGUUGAUAGACUCAACUUGAUUCCGUCCAAUCUACAUGUGUAGCGUUUAAGUAUUUUUAUAUUUUGCAACCUUGACAUUCCCUCAAAGAAAAACGUAGUUUUUAGAAUUAGUCAUAAAAAAUCUCGAAUCAUAAGUAUCGAUUCCGUCCACAGAAUCUCGAGUAGCGAACACAAAAAAUUGCUGUAAAUCAGAAGCAGUUUCAAUCCGACAACUAUAAAAAAAGAUCUACAUAAAAACCUAUCGAGGAUACACCUAUUUAAUUCAAAGAUGCAUCUUGUCUCCGAUUUCUUGGGAAAAAAUUUCACACAAUAGGGAUACACACAACACUGUGUGGAAAUAAAACACAUGGUACCCACCCCAUUUUUGCUAUUGCCACCGUCGUCCUCUUUCAGAUUAUUGUCUAUCCCAGCGAAAAGUUCUACGUAAACCUGUUAAAAUUUAAAUUGCUGGCAUACCUUGUACAACACGACCCAAUACCGCGAAGGGUAAAGGAAAAACGCAAGAUCGCCAGGAUCGUGUUUUUCCAUCAACAUUACCCGCGAUAUGUGAAAAACUGCUUAGUCGUUGCGUAUCGUAAAAGCUUCCAGUGAAUGCGUUUCUACCAACUGGGGUCGGUGUGUGUUGAGAUUCCCCUGAGAAAAAACUUUUCGUGUAAUUGUACACCUUGAAGUGUAUAUUUGUGGAAGAGAUACAGGGUGGUGUGCAGAUGUGCCUAGCAAAAUCGCAAAAUCGUAAAUUCGUGUAUCUUAAAUGAAGUGAACGAGAGCAAGGGCUUGAUUUUGGACGCCCAAUUAAGCUGAUAAAGGGUGCUUUCGAUGCAACAUUCUCCCUUCACACUAUUAGCAAAUUUGAUGGGUAAUAAGCUGAGAAGAUGAUAUUAUCGCCACCCUAUCGAAUUCCACUGCUUUUUAUGAAUUUUCAACAUUAAUAAAAAAACCAACUUGUCAUGCCACUUUCCAGAUACUUUGCACAUAACACUACCCCAACCCGGGCGCGCACCCAGCAAAGAAGACAUCCUUUGGAAUUUGCAAGCAAUAAUCAGAUUUUUUCUUACGUCCUUUUCCCUUUCGCAUAUUUAUAGAAAAACAAGUUUUCCAUUUAACUUUGCGCUACAUUGUCUCAAUAGAGUUUUUUUCCCGAUAGACCAAGGGUAAUAAUGGCGGGAAGCAUUCGUCUAAGGCAUGGAAAUAUCCUUCAUGAUAUUCUCAUAUCAAAAUGAUACACGAUGCGCGCUGUGGCAUUUAUUCAUUGAAUACUGCUCGCAAUUGUAAAAAUGGGGUUGCGCGCGAGUUUGAUAUUGUCGUACCCAGAAAUUCCACAAGAUCGCAAUUCUAUUCCCACACAUAUUCGCACAUAUGCAUAUCGAAAAACUGCUGUUCAAAUCGGAGAGAUGAUUCCCAGGUUGUCUAUUGAAUUGACUCGGUGCAAAGACGCCCCGAGUGUACAUAUGGAAAGCUGCUUUAUUGUCCCCUCGUUGUAUGGGGAUUCAUGAGAAAAAACUUUCGAUUGCACACGUUUUCUGUUCUCCCUGCGAAAUUGUAUGCGCGCGUUGAAUUCAUGGGUGCGAAAGGACAGGUCAAUAAUAUUUCUUAAUGCACAAGGACAUCUCCCAGCGCUGUGCUGAGUUCAAGAAAAAAAUGUAUGGCUACCACAAUUUAGGAGACAAGGUGCAAACAAAUAUUUACAGUUUUUUCCUAUAUCGUUCUGAAGAUGUGGUUACAGACGCGGUGGCCUCGAAUUUUAGGAUCGAAUAAUGCUUCUGAUAUUCGAAUUGAUGUAAUUUUUAUAUAUUUGCUGGAAAGCAAUAAUUGACGUUGCCUUAACUUGUACAAAACAAAGACGAGAACGUGAGUUUUAUAGACUUUUAAAAAUAAAAUAUUGAAACCAAA